CUGCCGCCAUCCUGCUGGCGAAGGAGAGGCGAGCGACAGAGAGGCCCGCCCGCUAGCCGGCCCGGCCAGUGCGGGCCAGUGCGUGAGGGCGCGGGGGCCGUGUCAGCGCGACGCAGAGCGCAGCCGCCACCGCCAAACGGACAUGUUGGAGCCCCGCGCCGCCGCCGCCGCCGCCCGUCCCUCCGCCAGCGCACGGGACUGAGCCGGGGGCCCCGCCGCCUCUCGACUGCGCUCGACCGGCCCAGCCGCGCCGCCGCCUCGGCCGCAGCCCCUUCCUGCUCGGCCCCGGCCUCCGCCGCUCGUUCGCCUCCCGUCUUCCUUCUCUUCCCUCACCCCCCACCCACCCCCACCCCACGCCCCAGGCCCUGCCGGUUCCCGGCCCUGCUCCGCCGCGGCGCGAGGUCUAUGUGACCGGCGGGCCCGGAGCAGCCGCCGCCGCCGCCGCAACGCGAACAUGGACGCCGUCAACGCCUUCAACCAGGAGCUUUUUUCACUUAUGGAUAUGAAACCUCCCAUCUCUAGAGCCAAGAUGAUUCUGAUUACUAAAGCUGCUAUCAAAGCUAUUAAGCUCUAUAAGCAUGUUGUUCAGAUUGUAGAGAAGUUCAUCAAAAAGUGUAAACCAGAAUACAAGGUUCCAGGAUUAUAUGUCAUCGAUUCCAUUGUGAGACAGUCUCGUCACCAGUUUGGAACUGAUAAAGAUGUUUUUGGGCCAAGAUUCUCUAAAAAUAUAACUGCUACAUUCCAAUAUUUGUAUCUUUGUCCAUCUGAAGAUAAGAGUAAAAUAGUUCGUGUGCUAAAUCUUUGGCAAAAAAAUGGAGUAUUCAAAAUUGAAAUUAUUCAACCUCUUUUGGACAUGGCAGCAGGAACCAGUAAUGCUGUUCCAGUAGCAGAAAAUGUCACCAACAAUGAAGGCUCACCUCCACCCCCAGUAAAAGCCUCUUCUGAACUUGCACAAGCUCCCACAAACUCCAUGCCUACCAUGCCACAGUUGCCCAGCUCUGACGCCUUUGCUGCUGUGGCUCAACUGUUUCAGACAACUCAAGGCCAACAGCUUCAGCAGAUCCUUCAGACUUUUCAACAACCUCCAAAACCACAGUCUCCCGCACUUGACAAUGCUGUGAUGGCUCAGGUUCAGGCUAUCACAGCUCAGUUAAAGACAGCUCCUACACAACCACCUGAGCAAAACGCUGCUUUCCCCCCACCUGAACAAAAAACUGCAUUUGACAAGAAGCUGCUCGAUAGAUUCGAUUAUGAUGAUGAGCCUGAAGCUUUGGAAGACGCAAAGAAAGAGGAUGUGACUGUCACUGCUGCAGCCCCUGCUGCUGCCCCUCCUGCACCCGCUGUGGUGGCCGCACCUUCUGUUGCUCCUGCUGGGCCCGCACCCUCUGCCACCUCUCCCCCUCCUCCGCAGGUGCCAUUUGGCUAUCCUGGGGACAGCUUGCAGCAGCCAGCCUACACACAGCAUCCAAAUAUGGAUCAGUUUCCACCUCGGAUGAUGGGGAUGCAGCAGGAUACAGUGCACCAUCAGGUUCCACUUCCUCCUAAUGGACAGAUGCCAGGGUUUGGGCUUCUCUCUGCACCUCCAUUUCCUCCCAUGCCUCAACCUGGGAUGGCCCAACCUGGGAUGCCUCAGCCUGGAAUGGCCCAACCUGGGAUGCCUCAGCCUGGAAUGGCUCAACCUGGGAUGCCUCAGCCUGGAAUGGCUCAACCUGGGAUGCCUCAGCCUGUGAUGGCCCAACCUGGGAUGCCUCAGCCUGGAAUGGCUCAACCUGGGAUGCCUCAGCCUGGGAUUCCUCCAACUCCACCAGUACAACCAACUUUCCAAUCUACUUUUCAACCACAAAAUGAGCCUCUUUCACAAAAGCCACAUCAGCAGGAAAUGGAAGUAGAACAACAGCCUUGUAUCCCAGAGGUUAAGCGGCAUGCGCCUGAGAGCAGAAAGUCAAGAUCUAGGUCAGCAUCCAGGUCACCAAAAAGGAGAAGAUCUAGAUCUGGCUCUAGGUCUCGGAGAUCCCGCCACAGACGUUCUCGGUCCCGAUCCAGGGACAGGCGCCGACACUCACCUCGGUCUCGAUCUCAAGAAAGACGAGAUCGAGAAAAAGAGAGGGAACGGCGACAAAAAGGCCUCCCUCAGAUGAAGGCAGAAACGGCAAGUGUUUGUAGUACCACACUGUGGGUGGGACAGCUAGACAAAAGGACUACCCAGCAGGAUGUUGCCAGUCUCUUAGAGGAGUUUGGUCCAAUUGAAUCAAUUAAUAUGAUUCCUCCCAGAGGUUGUGCCUAUAUUGUUAUGGUUCAUAGGCAAGAUGCAUACCGUGCCCUGCAGAAACUGAGCCGGGGAAACUAUAAAGUGAACCAGAAAUCCAUAAAGAUUGCCUGGGCCUUAAACAAAGGAAUAAAGGCAGAUUAUAAACAGUAUUGGGAUGUUGAACUGGGUGUUACUUAUGUUCCGUGGGACAAAGUCAAACCCGAGGAGCUGGAAAGUUUCUGUGAAGGAGGAAUGUUGGACAGUGACACACUUAACCCAGAUUGGAAAGGAAUCACCAAGAAGCCUGAAAAUGAAGUUGCCCAAAAUGGAGGUGCAGAAGCCUCCCACACAGAACCAGUGUCACCCGUACCUAAGCCUUUGCCUGUACCCGUCCCUCCUAUUCCUGUUCCUGCGCCCAUAACAGUGCCACCUCCACAGGUCCCACCUCAUCAGCCGGGUCCUCCUGUAGUUGGUGCUCUCCAGCCACCUGCUUUCACACCUCCCCUAGGGAUCCCCCCUCCAGGCUUUGGCCCUGGUGUUCCUCCUCCUCCUCCUCCACCACCGUUUCUGCGCCCAGGAUUCAACCCAAUGCAUUUACCACCAGGUUUUCUUCCUCCCGGACCCCCACCUCCUAUAACUCCACCAGUAUCCAUUCCUCCUCCUCACACUCCACCAAUAAGCAUCCCAAACUCUACUAUCGCUGGUAUAAGUGAAGACACUACAAAAGACUUAUCUAUUGGAAAUCCCAUUCCAACAGUGGUGUCUGGGGCUAGAGGAAACGCCGAGUCUGGUGACAGUGCGAAAAUGUAUGGCUCUGCUGUGCCACCUGCUGCACCCACGAAUCUGCCCACCCCUCCUGUAACCCAGCCCGUUUCGCUUCUUGGGGACGCAGAUGGCAUCGACCCGCCAGGGUGUGGUGGUGCUCAGUGGCUAACAUACAGAACUGCCACGUGGGAGGCCUUUAGUGAACAGUGGGUGCUGUCACAGGUAAGAAGUGCCAUGGAUGUGCUUAGGACAUCUAGAAAAGCCUGUUUGUACUCCAUGGUCUGUGCUGACACUGCUGGGCUCUGACUCAUUGUAAGCUUUUGUUUGCCCUCAAGGAGAAAGCAAGUUUUUUGGAACAACUGUCUUUGUAUAGUUGCUUGUGCAUUUUAAGGAGGGUGAGACCAGAUCACAAGCAAUCAAGUUCCAUUAUUUGACUUACUCAGAAAAUAAUGUUAAAUCAUAACAGCAUUUUACUUGGUAUUGAAGAUCUUUCCAUAGUAGAUACUGAAUAAUUUUCUUGGAAUGUAUCAUUGCCGCAUUAUUUCCAAUGUGCACCCAUAUUUUGAAGCAGCAGAAGCCUGUCACAUGUUAACAGAUCAAAAUUUCACAUUGAGCACUAAUUGUAAUGGGAAAGGCAGUGGGGUGCCUUGGUGCUACUGACGUUUUUCUGUCAUCAGACUGGAGUUUGGGUGUUAGUUUGUAGGUAACUUCCUGUUUCUAGAGCUGAGCUGUGGUGCCCCCCCUACACACACACACACACACACACACACACACACACACACACACACACACACAACCAACUGAUUUUGGAAGGACAUAAGCUUCCAUCAUAUUUUUAAAAAUAUUUUGAUUCUUUCAAUAAUACUGAUCAUUUGAAAAUAUAAAUGACUAGACAUACAACAAUUACUCAUUAUUACUUGAUUUUAAAGAACACUGUUUAGCAUCUCAUGGGCCAAAGUAGCUGAAACCUAUAGUGGUUUUGUCAAAGCUAAAGAUGACAUCUACAAUUGUCAGUCCUCUAGGCGAGAAGAUGGUGACAAUCCAGUUCAUCCUUUUGAUUGUAUGAGCAUUUAUGUUUCCUUUCAAAUCCGUUGUAUGAUAUGUAUUGCUAAUACUAUGUACAGCGUAUUGAUUAAAAAAAGUUAAUUGUAAAUGUAAAGUUUGGGUUACUUUGGUGUUCCAAACAAUAAAAAAGUACACAAAACCUGUUUGUUUGUGUUACCUAUCUGUCCUAUGUUACAAGGAUAUCCAGAGUACGUUUCAGGUACAAACUGCCAGGUGGAAUGAAUUCCUCUGUGGGAGGUGAAGCCGCUCCCUGACACAUGCACUUACUUGUUAAUUAUUGAUACCAAGAGGUUGUCACCUUCUCACCUUCCUGCCUUUGUCACACUACUGCAGAUGGUAAAGCUUAUAAAUAAAAUUUUAUUUCUGAGAAUA